AAGGAAGGAAAGGGGUAAGAGAGGUUCCAAUCAAUAGUGUUGACAACGCUACUCUCUCACUCUCUCUCUCGAUCCUAAAAAUGGCACUCACUCCACUCUCUUCUUCCCUUCACUGAAACAACCACCAGAGAGCCCUAAAGCCCAUCAUCAUCAUCAUGACCCACCACCAAACCCAGCGCCGUCGCCGUCGUCAUUCCGCCGUCUGUAACCGUCACCCCACUUCCAAACCCACCGCCGGUUUCUGCGCCACCUGUCUCCGCGAACGCCUCUCCACCAUCGAAGCUCUCUCCUCCGAUCAACCCCCCGAGCUCCGCCGCGCUCGCUCCCACUCCCUCCGUGACGCCUCCGCCCCAGAUUUCGACCAGCCCCGACGCAGAUCGUGCGACGUCAACGGCUCUCUCCACGAUCGAUUCGCCGUCGAUGAAGGAGAAGAAGAGAGGCUUGGAAGUUCGAUUCGGAUCCCCAUGGUCCCAGAUUUGAAAGAAGAGGAGGAAGAAGAAGACGAUGAAGGUAUGCAGCUCCUAGAAGAAGAAAUCGAAGAUGGAGAGGAGAAGAAGACGAUGAAGGAGCUAAUAGAUCUUGAAUCAAGAACUCACCACCAGAGCAAGAAGAGCAGCAACGACUCAUCCUUCACAUCCGUUUUCACCAGAACGCUUAAGAAGCUUUCACUCAAACAACAACAUCCCAAGACCUCCCAAUACGUUUACUCGACAACAGGUCUCGCCCCUCGUCGCUCAUCGUGCGAUGUAGAUCCUUCCAGGCUGUUGUCUCUCGACGACGCAGCUGCUUUCGAGGAGCCUCGAGCGUCGUGGGACGGGUGUUUGAUCGGGAAGACGUAUCCAAAGCUGAUACCUUUAUCAUCCGUGACUGAAGAUGAUGAGAAGGAGAAGCCAGGCGGGACAGCUCAGACGAGGGAUUACUACUUGGAGUCGCGGCGGAGAAGAAGCUUUGAUCGGUCAUCGUCGAGACAUGGAUUGGUGGUGGAUGUUGAGGAAGUGAAAGCUAAGUUGUCACCUGAGAGUGUUGGUUUGUUUCAUGGAGCUAAGCUGCUUGUCACCGAGAGGGAACUUAGGGAUUCUAAUUGGUAUUCCAUCAAAAAUUAUAAACCGGAGGGCUUGGAGUUACCUUCUAAAGGUGUUUCUGCUGGUGGUGAAGUGAAGCAGGAUGGUUUCGGAUUGAAGAAGACUGGAAAGAAAUGGGGGAAAGGAUGGAAUCUUUGGGGGUUGAUUCAGAGGAAAGGUGACACGGUUAAAACCGAGCAAAGUUUGAAACUUGGAGGAAACGACAUGGAGGGUGGUUCUCUUGCAGAGUCUCUCUUGAAGCUUAGGAGAGUGGGUAAAGGAGGAGAAAGCAACGGUGGUGAUGUCAGCGAGAAACUCUUGAGAAGUUACAGCGUUAGUGCAAGGAAGUCUUGUGAUGGCAUGAUGUUUCAUCAAGGUGCUUCUGUUGUUAGUGGUGGCUUCGAAGGUGGAAGAAGCUCUUGCGAUGGUCUGUUCCAUGGCUCUGUUACUGGUGGUGGUGGUGCUGAGGCUGCUGGAAGAAGAAGCUUGUGCGAAGACAAGCUUGGUGCUUCUUACUCGCCGGAUAGCAUCAGAAACGGUAUGGUUAGAUUCUACUUGACGCCGUUAAAGAGUCAUGUGACAAGCAACUCUGGGAAAAGUAGGCUGAUGAAUUAGUCUGAUGUGUGAUGAUGGAUAAUUAUAUUUGAUAGUACUGUGUUGUUGUAAUUAGCCAUUACCAUGUAUUGUUUUACUUGUUAUCCCAUUGUUCUAUAGAUAUAUGAAGCCAGAUCAUAUGCUUAUCUUGAAA